UCAGUACCUUUUAAAUCUGCACGUCGACAACAUCCACAAGCAAAAUUUGUGUAGUAAGUAAAGCGACUCUACUUUCCUAAAGUGCAUGGAUGGAGGAAAUUCGUCGUGGUGCAGUUUUACAUUGACGAGACCGAUGUACACGGAUUAGACGUGGUUGGAAAUUGGUGCUGAUUGGAAAUCUUUUGUGUUUCUUCGCUAUACUUGCCAACUUUUUUCUGAUAUGAUUUGAUCAGUUUCGGUUUAAUUGUUAUGAAUUUUUGAGGAGUGAAAUUUUACAAUUUUUUGUUUGUGUAAUAAACGGUGUGAAAUUGGAAAAGUUUAUUUUUUAAUUUGAGAAUAUUCCUGGAAUUGGAUAUAAAUAUUUUAUAAGCAACGGUGAAACUUGAGAGAAGACGGGCGGAGAGUAAAAAAUCAACAAUUAAACCUUCUCAACCUUGUACCUUUCACACAACCGGAGUAUAAUAAAUCUCCCCACGAAGUCAUUAUCGGGAUUGAGGUGACACUGAAAUUGAGAUCAAACCAUUACAAUGACGUCGUCGACGCCACUGCCUCUUCUUCCUCCUCGACAACGUUUAAGAAAGUAGGAGUAAAAAGGAAACAAAAAUCAUUACACAUUCAAAUUCAACCCUGUCAAAAAAAGCCGACAGCUUUUUAACUUCAUCAUCGUCAUGAGAAUGGGGCCACUCUUCAUUAAUCAAGGCCGAGAUGAUGACACUGCCACCGCCACCAAAUCCCAGGGGCGGAGAAGAAAUAAACCUUCGUCUCAACUUCAAGCUCCAAGUUCAGGUGACAUCGGAAUAAGGAGUAGUACAAACUGUAAUGCCACUGUGCCUGCGCCCCCACUUUUCCAUCUUGUCGGUCAACAAGGACAAUCGUCCCAGACUACGAAAAAGAACACGAUGACCAUGUUAUCCAGUAAUUCGACCUCUUCCGCAGAUUCGGGCCACCCCUCGGGAAACUUUGAGGAACUUGUGACGCCAAAAAACUUAAAUAGUUGCCAAUCUCUUCCGCCACCACUGUUACGACAUCCGACCACUAUUUCCGGUGGGGGUGGUGGGGGGAGCAGUCUCCUUACGAAGUACUUGGUCCUUCUGCAAGACUGCGUUGCCAUAAAGUUUGUAGUGGUUGGGGGCUCGUCGGAUCACCAUGCGAGUAGCACAAAUGGGAACACGCUGAGACGAAGGAGUCGAAGUAGUUAUGUGUUUAAUGAAAGCCCAUUUUCCGAUGAGGAUGCCGACCUGUCAUUAUUAUCCAGUCGUGGUGACCCCGGAUCAUCAAAUAUUAUCCUUCCUGACCACGGAUCAGGAGUGCAGGGCGUUCAGUUGUACAAGAGCUUUAAAGAAGCCAACUUGAAAUGUUACUGGAACGCCACGUUGUGUGACGCCAUCCGUUCCUUGGAGUAUAAAGGGUGGUUGUUACCCUCGACCAUUUUAGUGGGCGGAGGUGGUCCCGAUGGUCUACAUCCGCAACGCUUAUCUGUCAUCAGGACGGCCUGGGGGAGAAAAAUGCUAAGAAAUCCGCCCGGGUAUCGGAUCGAGUUUAUUGGCGAAGUUGAAGAAAUUAUUGCUGAGCCAGUGUCACAGGGUCAAUUUGCACCAUUGUCAGAUUCCCUGUGUUGGGCAAUAUUGGAGCUAACUUCGUCAGGCCAAGAAGCCUUCGUGGAUUCGAUCCUUCUCGCCCUCGCGAACGCCUUCCCCCUCAUGUCCCUCCCCCCGAGGGAACUGGUUUACACCACUUUGGAAAGAUUGAUCCGGGACAGAAAAAUCUACCAGACUUCGCACGGCUACUUUAUCGUCAGCCCGGACACUUUUCGCUACAUGAGUGCCGGAGGGGACGGCCAAUCGCAACCCCAACAGCAAAUCAUCGGCUACAAUAGUAACGUUCCACCGUUGGAUGCGUUAACAGCGUCGUAUUACGAUGUCGAUAAAAUAUCGCAACACUCCUACUCUUCCGGUGGUGGUAAUGAUUCAAGAGAUGAUCUUCUACUUGAAAAUGAACAACGCGUCCUUCCCCUCAAGCGACACAAUUCGUUAAGAGUUAUCCGCCAACGGGAUCUUGACAUUCUAACACCAACCAUGGGAGCGAGAAGUUUGUCGUUCCGAUUGUCCAAGACGAGAUCGCUUCUCGUUCCUGAACCAAAUAGUCGACCUUAUUUCGAUGCAAUGAAUGACACGACAACAGCGUCAGCAAAAUUACCCGUGACGACCUCACCCACUAGUAAUCAUCCCAGCGAGACGGACAAAAACAGAGGAGACGAUGCAAAAUCAAAAAAACAAUCCUUCUUCCGCCGACUUUUCUCUUUUCGCCGUUCAACGCAGAAAAAAUGUUCAAAUAAUCCAAUUAAAUCGAACCCUGGGAAAAAUAACGCAGCCAAAAAACAACCUCCCUCAUCCUCCCCCGAAACUCCCUCCGUACUUCCUCCCACCCAGCAAACCACCGUGUCACUCGAACAGUUGCAACGAUCCCCCAAAAUUUAUGCGCAACUUCCCCCCAGAAAACAACUCUCCUCGUCAACCAGACCGGGCACGACGACCGACUUGAAGAAUCGUUCUUACGAAGACAUCCUCGAAGAUGAGAUCAUGUUGGCGACGUCAUCGUCCUAUUUUCGACGUCCUCAGGUCCCCAUGUCGAAAUGGAACUCGCUCCCGUCCUCUUCAUCUGGACGACGGAGUCGUCGCAGUAUUUUGAACGAUUCGCCAUUUUACGAUGUCCUCCAAUUCAACAAUGGUCAUCAACAGCAGCAGCCUUGUCCCAAUCCUCACCUGCGGAAUAACACUACAGGUCAUCAUCAACCUACUCAAAGCCGGACCUCGUCCAGCCUUGGGUAUGGGAGUUAUCAACGAGAAAGACCGAUAAGCAUGUACUCAUCAUCACCGUCUCAGCACCACCACCACCACGCCGGACCCCCUCCGACAGGACAGUCUUUCGACAAUUUCGCCAAAGAACAGAUGAUGCGACGAUCUUCCCUUCCUCGGAUUGAUUCCCCCUCUCCGAGCGUGUCUGCCAUAUACGCGUCGAUCAGUGGGGGUGGUGGUGGUCAAACUUUGGGUAAAAAUAACGCUGCCAAAAUCAUGCCCCCCCGGAGCAGAUCGGCCCCACGAAUUGCAUCCUCCAUCAUUUCCAGCCUCCCACCUCCCAUCCCACGACCCGCUGUCACUGUAAGACCGCAUCCCCACAAUAAAUAUCCGCCAUGGCGUCCCCGCUCCGCGUAUGAAUUGCUGGCUUAUCAGAAUCUACAAAAUUCUGCAAAGAAAUUUAAUCCCUCUUCCCGAAAACUGAUACACGGAAACGGUAAUAACGAGCCGGAGACAAAGCUUAAAAUAGCGAGCAGUACAGAUUCGUCGUCACAACGUCAUGAAAAUUCUGGCGCAGCAGAGAUGAGUGCAACUUCUUCGACCACGAUCAAAUCCAGGACAGAGCUUCAACUCCAAUUUCCCAUGGGAAGAAUGGUCUUCAACAACAAAAUGGGUGGUGGUCGACGUGGUGGUUAUAAAAUAGGGGCGAAAAACGACCCUGGCACGACGACUACGCCCGGAAGAAUUGUGACUACCGUGCAAUUCGACACGAAUCAAGAUGGCGUCACCACCACCACCACGACGGCGUCGAGUGGAAAAAAUGGGGGCGGUGAUGACCCCACUACUGUUGACGUUGGGGAGGAUAAAAUAGUAACAAAUUGUAUUAAUAAUGACACGACCACGAUGCAUGAUAAGCUCCACCACUUAUCUUCAUCCCCUUCACCAAACACGUCCUCGACGGAUGAGGGAGUCGAUAUUGCCAAUUAAGUAACGCAUAUGUAACAGUGUUACGAAACGUGGAAUUUAUAAAUAUUGAUGGUUUUUAGUUCGUGUUAUCGAAUAGUUGUGUAGUUGUUGAUUGAUGGAUAACGUACUUGUGUGUUAUCAUUAAUUACACUUAUCUUAACAAAAUGCCAAAAGCCUGCGUUGUUAUGUAGGCUUAUGAUUGAGUGAGUAUUAUUAAUUGUCGUGCGAGAGGAGUGGAUCAGACCAGGAAUUUAUGUAACAAAUAAAUAAAUGAGACCUUGCAAUUUCAA